GGGACAUAUAGGAUGUUAAAAACAUAGGUAGAUAAUAUACCUUAUUAUUACUGAUAUAUUUAUUCAAGUUUACUCAUGAAUAGUAUUUUAUAAUGCACUGACGGCAAACAAUAUUAACUUUAUAAAAUCCAACAUCAUGAAGGACAAAGAGAAAUACGAGAUGAAUUAUCCAACUAAGGGACCUUACGGACAUGCACUAGAGCCUUUUACAUGUCAAAUGACGAAGUUUCAGAUUCUUAAAAAUUUGUUCGUUGUCAGUUUCGGAUUUGUGUUCUUGUUCACAGCUUAUCAAUCUAUGGCUAAUCUCCAGAGUAGUUUAAACAAAGAAGAAGGAGUCGGCACCGUUAGUUUAUCUACUCUUUAUGGAGCUCUCGUGGUCUCUUGUAUGUUCGUGCCACCGAUAUUAAUAGCUCAUCUAGGAUGUAAAUGGACCAUUCCUCUAUCUAUGUGCGGAUAUGUCUUGUAUAUGGGUGCCAAUUUCUAUGCCGUAUGGGGGACCAUGAUUCCGGCAGCAAUAAUCCUGGGUUUAGGUGCCGCUCCUCUAUGGUCCGCCAAGUGUGCCUAUCUAACAGAAACUGGUGUUUGGUAUGCUAAAUUAACCGGUCAGUCCGAGGAUGCCACUAUUAAUCGCUUCUUUGGAAUAUUUUUCAUGAUUUUCCAGUCAAGUCAGAUAUGGGGAAAUCUGAUAUCAUCCACGGUGUUGAGGGCAACACCUGAAAAUGGAACUACGUUAAAUGUUUCUAAUGAUCUGAAUAAAUGUGGUGCCAAUUUUGAUCCCACAGACCCCCCGACCAACAAUACCAAUUUAAUGAAACCAGAAGAAGAUCAGGUUUAUUUAUUAUGUGGUAUUUAUAUUGCCUGUGCUGUGGUAGCUGUUAUCGUCAUAUCUGUUUUAUUGGAUAAAAUCAUCCUUGAAAAAGAUGAGAGACGACAAGGUCGACCGUCUCCAAAACUUUUGAUUGCUACAUUUAAACAUCUGAUAUCAUCACCAGCACAGAUUUUACUUAUACCUUUAACUAUCUACUCAGGUGUUGAACAGGCUUUUAUAUCAGGGGAUUAUACAAGGUCGUAUAUAACAUGUUCAUUAGGAAUAUGGAAUGUAGGCUAUGUGAUGAUCUGCUAUGGUGUUACUGAUGCAAUUUGCUCGUUUGCAUUUGGAAGAAUGGUACAAUAUGUUGGUCACAUUCCCUUCUUUAUAUUAGCAUUUAUUGUUCAUGGUGGGGUACAGAUAACACUAUUAUUCUGGAUACCAGAUCCAGAUGUCAUAGUUAUAUUCUAUGUACUGGCAGCUCUAUGGGGAAUGGGGGAUGCUGUCAUCCAAACACAAAUUAAUGCUUUCUAUGGAUUGCUGUUUAAAGAUAAUACCGAACCAGCCUUUGCUAAUUAUCGUCUAUGGGAAUCGAGUGGUUUUAUUUUUACCUACGCCUAUAACGACUUCAUCGCCACCAACGUCAAAAUAUACGUUUGCAUGGCUUUCCUGUUGGCAGGAAUGGCUGGUUAUGGUACCGUUGAAGUUAUACAUCGUACAAAAGCUGUUCGUAAAUAAGACAAUGGUGAAUGUCACGGAUAUGUCCAUAAUUUAAACUGAACACCGAGUUGGAUAAUAUACUUCCAUGAGAAGGGUUGGUGUAAAAAAGCUAUCUGUACUCAAGUGUGGUUCUUGUGUUAAAAUCGUUAGUGAAGGGAGAGAAUCAAUGAAGCUCCACGGUUAGGGUUAGGUAAAGAAUCAACAUGUGGCUUUUUACACCAAUCGACAUGAGAAGAGAUUUCUGUCAUAAAGUAUUCAGAUUCUAAUAAAAUACGUAGGACUAUAUACCCCACAGCUGUCAGUAAACAUUAAGCGCACAUUCUACGGAGUACUGUAUUUUUAUU